AGUUCAUCUGUUUUACUUAUCAGGGUUUUGGAUCAGGGUCAACUUCAUAAUUACUCAGCUGAAUUAGACUGCGUUAUUUUGGCUAUGCAAUAAUGUCAAGGGUUACCAAAUGGAAAAUUGAGAAGGCUAAAGUGAAAGUUGUAUUUCGGCUACAAUUUCAUGCUACAAAUAUUCCUCAGAGUGGAUGGGAGAAGUUGUUUAUAUCUUUUAUUCCUACUGAAACCGGGAAGGCCAGUGCCAAGACCAGCAAAGCAAAUGUGAGAAAUGGGACAUGCAAAUGGGCAGAUCCUAUCUAUGAAACUACAAGGCUUCUAUUAGAUUCUAAGAGCAAACAAUAUGAUGAUAAGCUCUACAAACUCGUUGUGGGAAUGGGUACAUCACGAUCUAGCAUCCUUGGUGAGGCUACUAUCAACCUUGCUGAUUAUGCAGAUGCAUCACAACCAUCUGUUAUUGCUCUUCCGCUUCAUGGAUCCGACCAUGGAACCAUUUUGCAUGUUACGGUUCAGUUACUCACGUCGAAAACUGGAUUCCGAGAAUUUGAGCAGCAGAGGGAUAAAGGGUUGCAACGGGAGAGCGAACCUAGUGCUGCCAAAUCACUGUCAGAGUUGCAGAUACCUGAUGAUCUUGUUAAUAAGUCUAAAACACGAACACAAAUCAGGGAAGAAACAAACAUACAUGAGGAAUAUUCAGAUUCACAAGUUACAUGUGAUGGGUCAUCAAACACGUCAGAAACUUAUUAUGUAGACAAGCAUGAUUCGCCAAGUGCUCCUGAAGUCGAAAGUGUUAAGAGCAGAGGAUCCAGGAGUCAAACCUCGCCAACAGAAAAAAUGGAUGGUUCUGAUCAUGCCAAGGUGGCACAAACAAGUGGUUCAGAUCAUUCCUUAAACAGCGACUUGACAAUUGCUUAUGAAGAGAAUCAUACGCUAAGAGGAAGCUUAGAGGUGGCUGAGUCAUCCAUGUCAGAGUUCAAACUGGCAUUAACCAUUUUGCAGAAUCAUGCUAAUGAAAUUGGUCUAGAUACACAUAAGAUUACUCAAGAAUUAGAGACUGAAAUGGCUUCAAGUCAAGCACUCGUGAAAGAGGUUACUGCUCUCAAAUCAGAAUGUUCAAAGUUCAAAUAUGAUCUAAAACAGUUGAAAGAAAUGAAAUCUAGCUCGAAGUUUAUGGAGAGAAAAAUAGAAAAACCUGAUCGCGAUUGGGUGAAAGGAAUAUGUGUUGUGGAGGACCGAAUACAAGAAAUCCAAGAAAAGGUUUUAAUUGGUUGUCGUGAGUCUGAUUUAAGUUUCUUACAAUCUGAUUUGGAAGUGCUGCUGGGUUCCGUGCAAGAGCUUAAAAAAGGUCCAGUUGGGUCCGGAAGUGUGGUCUCUUUUGGUGAUGUACCAAGUCUACCCUAUCAAGAAUUGGAAAUAGCAAAAGCUGAAAGAGAAAAUCUUGUUAAAAAAAUGGAUCAAAUGGAGUGUUACUAUGAAGCACUUGUGCAAGAGCUUGAAGAAAAUCAGAAACGGAUUCUGGGUGAGUUUCAAGACCUCAGAAACGAGCAUUCGACAUGUGUCUACUCUAUUUCUACUUGUAAAGCUGAAACCGAGUCAAUGCGGAAGGAAAUGAACGAUUUGAGGUUAGUUAAUAACGAGCUUCAAAAGCGGUCCACUACUUCAGAAUCAGCACUCAAACGGGCUCGUUUAAAUUACUCGAUUGCAGUGAGUCAACUUCAAAAGGAUCUUGACAUGCUUUCAUUCCAAGUUUUGUCCAUGUUUGAGACCAAUCAGACCGUGAUUAAAGAAGCUUUCACCGAUACUUCUCAACCAUCUUCUAAACAUCUCUCAGGUGGUGAUGUACUUUCAGACGACCUGAAGAAAUCUCUGAGUUUCCAAGAGAAGUUAUACAAGAAAGUCGAAGAAGAACUUGGGGAAUUGUGCUCUGCAAACUUACAGUUGGACGUGUAUUCAGGAACUCUCGAGGAGACAUUAGUUGAAUCAAGUACUCAUAUACAAAGAACAAACAAAAAUUUACAAGAAUUGGCAGAGCAGUUGCAACUUUCGAACAAAUCGAGGGUUGUUUUGUAUGAAGAUGUUCAUGCACUAAAUGGGCAAAAUGCAUAUUAUCUCGCAAGAUGUAAUGAUUUGCAUCUACAAAACCAAAUGUUGGAAACAGAUUUGGGAAAUGUUUCAAACGAAAACUUUCUUCUAAUGGAGAAGAUUACCGAAUGUGAAGCUUUGCUUAUGGAUUACAAGGUUUACAAAAGCAAACACGAACUUGUUUCCACUGAAAAUCAGAAUCUUCAAAAAGAUAUGGUAUCUCUCAAGGAAGAAUUAGAAAAUCUAAAAUCUGAAGUUCAUGAGUUGACACUAUCAAAAGAAGCCUUACAGAAACAAAGAGAUAUGGCUGAGUUGUCAUUGAGUAGUGCCAGAUCAGAAAUAAAGAACUCUGUACAUGAUAAUCAGAACCUUAAAAAGGAUAUGGUGUCUGUAAGGGAAGAAGCAGAAACUCUAAGAUUCGGAAUUCAUGAGUUAACUUUGUCAAAAGAAGUCAUUCAGAAAGAAAGAGAUACGGCUGAGCUGUUGUUGAAGGCCGCUCAAUCCAAAAUUAAGGAUACUUUACAUGAUAAUCAGAAGCUUCAAAAAGAUUUAAUGUCUGCGAGAGAGGAAUUAGAAACUUUAAAAUCAGAAAUUGAUGAUGUGAAGAGAAAGUUCAAGUAUGGUCUUCACGAUAUGGCUGCGAAAAUGGAAUUUCCAAAUGCGUCUUUGCAGAAGCUUCAAUUGCAGCUUGAUUCUGUUGCCAAUAAGUUCAAAAGUAGCUUGGAGAAUGAAGAAAGACAUUUGGAAAACAGCGAAAUGGUUUUAACACAUCUUUCUUCCUUGGAACUCGAGCUUCAAAAGAUGUCAUUUGAAGACAAAAACUUUGUUGAGAAGAUCAUGGGAUUGGAUAUGAUGGCUGAAGAAUUUGAAAAAUGUAAGUUGAUGAUUUCCGAGUUGAAAAACGAGAAUAAAGAUUUGAAGAUGCAUGUAGAAAGUAAGAGUCAGGAGUCCAUCAAACUUCUGUCAGAGCUUGAUUGUCUGAAAGAAUGCUUGAGAUGUUUGAAUGAUGAACUGGAUGUCGAGAAAGGUCUGAAAAACAAGUUAGAGGGUAUGGUUGAAUGCUUGACCUCUGAACUUGAAUGUCAAAGUUCGGAGCUUGGCCAUAUGAAGCAAGUUGCUUCAGAUCGAGAAAUGGAAAAUUCAAGAGCUGUCCAACUUGUUGCACAGCAUGAAGAGAGUCUAGAAAAGCUCCACAGGGACCGUUCGGUUGAUUUUUCUCUUGAAUGUCAGUUAGCAGAGAUGCAAAAACUUGUUAUCUGUGAAGAUCUAAAACUUAUAUUUGUCAGAAGUCAGUGUGAAGCUCAGAUUGAGGUACUUGAAAGAAAGCAUCUUGAUGCAGAGGCUAGAUUGAACAGUAUUUAUGAAAAUGAAGCUCGUUAUGUCAAACAAAAUGAAACUUUGAUUACCUCCCUUGAAUCUCUUCAGUUGAAACUUUAUAAUACAGAAGUGAGAUUGAAUGAGCUUAUUGAAAGCAAAGCUCGAUGGAUGGAAGAAAAGGAGAAGUUGUCAACAACCCUUGAAUCUCUUAAGAUGGAGAGGGAGGCUUCUAUUGCUCACAAUGCUCUUGAGGUUGGAAAUCUGAAAGACGUUUUAAUGAAGACUGAGGUAGAGGUUGCACGAUACAAGGAACUUGAAAUGAAGCUUCACGAUACAGAGGCACGCUUGAAUCAAUGCCUCGAAAAUGAUGCUCGUUACAUUGAAGAAAAGGGAAAUUUAUCAAUGGAGCUUGAAUCGCUUAGAGUGAAGUUAAAGGCUUCUAUUGCUCACAAUGCUGAUAUAUCAGAAUCCAAUAAUGUUCUCGAGCAGUGGAAGAAUAAGGUGGGGAUGCUCGAGGUUAAUUUGAUGGAAGUAAACAAUCAGCACGCAGUGGAGUUAGGCCAAGUUAAAGAUAUGCUGGCCAAGUCUGAAUCAGAGGCUGCGCAAUAUCGAGAGCUUCAAAAAAGACUUCAUGAUUCAGAAAUUAAAUUGAGUGACUGUAUUGCUAGUGAAACUCGUUGUGUUGAAGAAAACGAGGAACUAUCAAGGACCGUUCAAUCUCUUAAGUUGGAAUUGGAGGCUUCUAUUGCUCACUAUCUAGAGAUUUCAGAAUCAAAUAAAAAGCAUGCUCUUGAGGUCGAUGAACUGAAAGACAUGCUGACUAAGUCGCAGGCGGAGGUUGAGCAACUUCAAUUGAAACUUCAAGAUACGGAGUCCAGCUUGAAACAUUGCCUCGAAAACGAAGCUCUUUAUACCGAAGAAAACAGAAAUUUAAUUAUGGAACUUGAAUCUCUUAAAUUGGAGUUGGAGGCUUCUCAUGAUCAUAAUGCUGAAAUCUUAGAUUCCAAAAACGAGCAUGCUCUUGAGGUAGGUCAGUUGAAAGAGAUUUUGACCAAGUUAGAGGCUAAAGUCGGGCAGUACAGUAAACUUGAGACGAAACUUCUUGAUACAGAGUCGAGAUUGAACCAUUGUCUCGAAAAUGAAGUUCGUUACAUUGAAGAGAACAAGAACUUAGAAACAGAUCUUGGAUCUCUAAGGUCGGAGUUGGAGGUUUCUAUUGCUCAAAAUGCAGAGAUUUCAGAAUCAAAUAAUGAGCAUGCUCUUGAGAUAGGCCGGUUAGAAGAUAUGUUAAUUCAGUCAAAGGAAGAGGUUGACCAAUUGAAGGAACUCAAAACGAAGCUUCUCGAUACAAAAGAGAAGCUGGAUCACCAGAUCUCAAGUGAGGCUCGUUAUAUUGAAGAAAAUGAAUCCCUCAGAUCGGAAUUAGAUGCCGUUAUUGCUCAGAACGCAGAUCUUUCAAGCUCAAAGAAUAUGUUAAUGGUUGAGCUUAAGCAAUACAAGAAUAACCGUACAAAUUUGGAAAAUAAUAAUCCGACAGAGGUAGAUGGCAUGUUAGUUUCCAGAGCAGAGUCGGAAAUUGUUUUGGUAGUCCUCAAAGCUAGGUUAGAUGAACAAAACGAUGAAUUGAGCAAGUUGGAGAAAAAAUGUAAUGAACUUGCAAGCAAACUAUCUGAUCAGAUUUUGAAGACAGAAGAAUUCAAGAACCUGUCCAUAUACUUGAAAGAGCUAAAGAAGAGUGGUGACGUAGCACGUGAGAAAAAAGAUACUGAAGGGCCAUCAGAGUCAUUGAGACUUGCAUUUAUAAAAGAACAAUAUCAAACGAAAGUUCAAGAUUUGCAACAGCAACUUUCUGUUUCCAAAAGGCAUAAUGAGGAAAUGUUAUUUAAAUUACAAGAUGCUCUUGAUGAAAUCGAGAGUAGGAAGAAGUCUGAAUCGUCUCAGUUGAAGAGAAUUGAAGAAUUGGAAGCUGAGGUUCAAUCUGCAAGUUCUGAUAAACCGGAUAAUGAUCGAAUACAGGCAGAACUGGAGUGUGCUCUUUUGAGCCUUGAAUGUUGCAAGGAAGAAAAGGAAAAGCUUGUUGCUUUAUUACAAGAAUGUGAGGAUGAAAAGUCAAAAAUAACAGUCGAGCUUUCUUUAAUCAAAGAGCAGCAUGCUCCAAAAGAAGAAAAUGAUAAUAUGGGCGCUAAUGGUUCAGUGGAUUCAGUUAACCCCAUAAAUGCAAGAACCAUCCAGGAAGUUACUGAGCGUGCAUAUGAACACGAAGAGAAUUCAUUUAAUAAUAAUUCAAAGCAACUAACAGUUGUCAAUGAUCAAUUCAGAACUCAACAUUUGCGGUCUUGCAUGGAGCAACUAGACGAAGAGCUGGAAAAGAUGAAAAACGAUAAUUCGCUUCUUCCAUUGACUAGUUAUGAUCCGAGUUUUCAAGAUUUACAGAGAGAACUUGAACAACUAAACCAAGCCAAUGAAGAGUUGGGGAGCAUAUAUCCACAAUUUGUUGAUUUUCCAGGAGAUGGUAAUGCAUUAGAAAGGGUUCUUGCUUUGGAAAUUGAGCUUGCAGAAGCACUUAGAACAAAAAAGAAUUCAAGCAUCCAAUUCCAAAGUUCUUUCCUUAAACAACACAGCGAUGAAGAAGCAGUGUUUAAGAGCUUUAGGGACAUCAACGAACUUAUUAAAGACAUGCUGGAGAUUAAAGGAAAGUAUGUUAACGUUGAGAGUGAAUUAAAGGAGAUGCAUGAUCGUUACUCUCAAUUAAGCCUGCAGUUUGCAGAAGUUGAAGGAGAGAGACAAAAGUUGUUGAUGACCCUCAAGAACGUUAGAUCAUCGAGAAAUUUGCUUCGCUUGAAUCGCUCAUCAGUGGCUGCUUUAGAAAACCAUUCUUUAUAAUCUAAAUUUAGUUGGUAAAAGUCCACAAUUUUGUGAAUAAGAGUCUUGAUGUGAGAAACUGAUAAUUGCUGUAAGAUGCAAAGGUUUUAUGGUGGUGUAAAUAAUAGAAAUUUUCACCAGUUGCCUAUGAGUUUAAUUUAUGAAGGGGUAUAUCUGUCAAUGGAACAUUCGGAAUGUCCCUUUUGACUAUAAACAUAAACAAUCUUGUAUAGUUGAGUCAUUCUAUUAUUCCUAUUGUUACUUUCCCUA